ACAGACACACUCUCUCUCUCCCUCCCUCACACUCUGCCUGCCUUCAGCAGCAUCUGACGGCUGCAUCCUCUUCUCUCUGAAGCACCGCGGCUCCUCCAUCCUCCUUCUCUGCGUCGUCUGCUCCUGACACUCUGACCGCUGCAGGACUCCUUUGUGUCUCUACGGGGGCCCUUGUUGUCAUUUCUCCCCUUUUUUUAGGGAGAAAGAGAAUUACAUGGACAUGAUGGGGAACAAAGAGCGACGAGGCAUGAAUUUCAAAGGCUUGCUGAGGAGGAACUGGCUUCUGAUUGCCACGAUUAUCUCUGUGCUGCUCGGGAUCAGUUUGGGCGUCGUGGUCAGAGAGUAUGCGUCCCUCUCAAACCUCCACAAACAGUACUUUGGUUUCCCAGGAGAGAUCCUGAUGAGAAUGCUGAAGCUCGUCAUCCUCCCGCUCAUCAUUUCCAGCAUGAUAACAGGUGUUGCAGCUCUGGACUCCGAGGUGUCAGGAAAAAUUGGCCUGCGCGCUGUAAUUUAUUACUUCUCAACAACCAUCAUAGCCGUUAUUCUUGGUAUUAUUUUGGUGAUGACCAUCAAACCAGGCGUCUCUCAAACGGCCGAUCACAUCGACAGAGCGGGGACGACGCCCAACGUCACAACCGUCGACACACUCCUGGACCUCGUCAGAAACAUGUUUCCAGAAAAUCUGGUGCAGGCUUGUUUCCAGCAGUACAAGACCAAGCGCAAAGAGCUGGAGCCUCCGAGAACUUCGUCCAACAUCAACGCUACAACCACCACCAUUCCUCCGCUCACGACCACCCUCGUCUCAGUCGUAGAGAAUAUAACCAAGGAAUAUAAAAUCGUUGGGUCGUAUUCGGAUGGAAUCAACGUGUUAGGGCUUAUCGUGUUCUGUGUUGCUUUUGGCCUCGUCAUCGGAAAAAUGGGUGAAAAAGGACGGAUCCUCCUGGAGUUCUUCGACGCCCUGAAUGAAGCAACCAUGAAGUUGGUCCAGAUCAUCAUGUGCUACAUGCCGGUGGGGAUCUUGUUCCUAAUUGCUGCAAAGAUCAUCGAGGUGGAGGACUGGGAGAUCUUCAAGAAGAUGGGUCUUUAUAUGGUGACGGUGCUGAGUGGUCUUGCUAUCCAUGCCACAAUCUGUCUGCCGCUCAUCUACUUCAUCAUCGUGAGGAAGAAUCCGUUCACCUUCACGCUGGGGAUGGCUCAGGCUCUGGUGACGGCGCUCAUGAUCUCCUCCAGCUCUGCCACCCUGCCUGUCACCUUCAGAUGUGCCGAGGAGAACAACCGCAUCGACAAGAGGAUCACCCGUUUCGUCCUCCCGGUGGGUGCUACCAUCAACAUGGACGGCACAGCGCUCUACGAGGCGGUGGCCGCAAUCUUUAUCGCCCAGCUGAAUGACUACGAUCUGGAUGUGGGCCAGAUCGUCACCAUCAGUAUAACAGCAACAGUUGCCAGUAUCGGAGCAGCAGGAGUCCCCAACGCUGGUCUUGUUACCAUGGUGAUAGUCUUAACAGCUGUUGGAUUACCUGCAAGUGAUGUCACUCUGAUCGUCGCUGUGGAUUGGCUGCUGGACCGCUUCCGUACCAUGAUCAACGUUCUUGGCGACGCUUACGGAGCCGGAAUUGUCCAGAAACUGUCAAAGAGGGAACUGGAGAGGAUGGAUCUGACGUCAGACGUGGACGUCGCCAACCCCUUCGCUCUGGAAGCCACUUUGGACGACGAGGAGUGCGAGAAGAAAUCCUAUGUAAACGGCGGCUUCACCGUCGACAAGACAGAUGCAAUCUCAUUCACUGAAACAUCCCAGUUUUAGCCUCUGACCGGCUCAGAGGAGCAGAGAAAGUGCCACGCUGCUACGGAUGUAAAACCCCCCUUCCUUCAUGUAUCAGCACCAUGACGUGAGAGGGAAAAAAAACAUCCAAACCAGCUCCCAUCCAAGCUCAGACAUCAGCAAUAGCAGCCUCCAUUAAGCUAACCCAAGAUGAUCACGCUUCAUGUCGGACAUUUACAACCACGACUAGAUUAAAGUGCUUCCUUCUUACUCUCAACAUGUGCCAAGAUGAAGAAAAGUCUGUUUUCUUUUAUGUGAGGCUGUGCUUUUCUUGCAAAGACGCACUCAUAAGAAGAGCUGUUUGUAUGUGAGUGCAUGAGGACGUUUAUGUAGCGUGUACGAGGUGUGUGCGUGCGUGUGUGAGUGUGUGUGAAGAAAUAUCUAUUAAACUCAAACUGUAAUCCUGAUGUGAAACAUCACUUUAGUACUUAUUUACUCCUUUAUUAUUCUCUCAAAUGAUCUUCUCUGUGUGGCUGUGUCGAAUGUCUAUGUCCCAUAAUGCACUGCUUGUAUAUCUAUCUGUGUGUCUACACUGUGCCAAACAUAUAAAGAACGUUUUUACGAAGAUGCAUGAAGCAAUAUGUUAAAGAAAUGCUCGCCGCUGGCUGCAGAACGCAGGUUUUUUUAACGGAGACUUCACUGAGACUGGGAAACGGUUAACGAGGCUUCUGAAGUCGUUGAACACUGUGAACUCUGAAGACAUUUUUCAGAACAGAAUCACCGACAUUCAUUGGUUUGAUUUUGACAUUUAUGAUUAUUAACAGCGUGUGUGUUUAGGCAGUGAGGGCGUGACCUCCUCGAACAACUGUGUUUCAAUCAUCACUUAAUAGAUAUAAAAAUGUAAUUACACUGGAAAGACUGAGUUUUAUCAUUUAUUUUUCUUCUCGUUUGGCUUCUGUUUUUUCACUGUGUUGUCAGCUUAAGGGCUCAACUAUGGUGUAGACGCUUUGUGCCGGUGAGGUUGGUCCACGGUUGGCCUGAAAUAAAACAUCAAUAAUU